AUGUUUGUUUCCUAUGUUUUGCUUGCCGUGUUGAUCCAAGUGCGUGCGGAUAUGGAAAAGUUUCGCGAAGAGGCUCGUCUGACCAAGCAUCAAUUGAGCAUCACAGACCAAGCACUACAACAGUCCGAAACCAAGCGUAUACAGCUUAGCGAACGCAUCAGUCACCUGGAACAGGAAAUUAAAUCAUACGAGUCGUUGAAACAGCGAAGCCAGACCGCCGUGGCCGGACUACAAAAGGUCGCGCGUGAGUCUCAGGAUCAAGUGAUUCAGUUGGAAACACGUUUGCGUGUGCAGCAUUUAGAAUUCUCCACCACCUCACGUUGGCUCUACGGCCCACAAUUGAGCUUUUUCAAGAUCAAACUGGAUGAAAGUCUGCCAAGUCUUAAAUUUCGACAUUCGUAG